UCUCUGUCGCAUCAGUCACAACACAAACGGAGCCUGUCGUUCAAUCAUCAUCUCAGCUACAAUCAAUACACGCACAAUCAGCCUCCACCACCUCAUCAUCAUCUUCCACCACCGCCACAAAGUCUACCAAAUCAUCCGGUGGCGCCAAGCCACAAAUCAAAUUUAGUCCCGACAUCGAGCAGUAUUUCAAAGAGCCAACACCAAGCGGCAGCGGCGGCAAGCAUGGCGGCACCCACAAGCGCAAGGAUAGGAAACACAAAAGCUAAUUGGAGCAUAAGAAAUCUGCGACCAGCACCACCAUUGCGUCCCAAUCUGCUCAAUGCAACGACGCAUAGUGGCGGCAGCGGCGGUACUAGUGGCAGUGGCAGCGCUAACGCGCUCGCCAGUUACUGCUGCGGUCGGCGGUUACAGCCAACUUUUGAGGAAGAUGUACUGGUUUUGAGAGUUUUUGAGGGCUACUGUGCUGCCUUUCAGAAUACUGCGCGCAACACCAUACAUUCGGGUAAGUGGCACCACUUAAACUAACUACUACUACUACUGCUACUACUACAUACUCAUUCGAAGUACUUAUUCAUAUUGCACAUUGCUUAACGGUGGGUGCAUCUUCUAUUACGACUUUCCUCACCUCAUUUCACUAUUGCUUGUGGUUAUGUUGUUUGGAGAAAAAUUUUAAA